AUGAAACUGACCGAGAACGGCAUCUCACGUAACGAGAACGGCAGCCCCAAGGCCGGCUACGGCAAAUCCGAGUACGGCCAGCCCACCGGCGGCUACGUCCAGCAGGGUGGCUGGAGCUACAGCGACGACUACGGCAACCCCAUCCAGGUGACGUUUGUUGCCGACGAGAACGGCUACCAACCGUCUAGCGACAUCCUGCCGACGCCGGUGCCGACCGAGUACCCGCUGCCGGUCGUGCCGCAGACCGAGAACGGCAUCUCACGUAACGAGAACGGCAGCCCCAAAGCCGGUUACGGCAAAUCCGAGUACGGCCAGCCCACCGGCGGCUACGUCCAGCAGGGUGGCUGGAGCUACAGCGACGACUACGGCAACCCCAUCCAGACCGAGAACGGCAUCUCACGUAACGAGAACGGCAGCCCCAAGGACGGCUACGGCAAAUCUGAGUACGGCCAGCCCACCGGCGGCUACGUCCAGCAGGGCGGCUGGAGCUACAGCGACGAUUACGGCCACCCCGUCCAGACCGAGAACGGCAUCUCACGUAACGAGAACGGCAGCCCCAAAGCCGGUUACGGCAAAUCCGAGUACGGCCAGCCCACCGGCGGCUACGUACAGCAGGGUGGCUGGAGCUACAGCGACGACUACGGCAACCCCAUCCAGACCGAGAACGGCAUCUCACGUAACGAGAACGGCAGCCCCAAGGCCGGCUACGGCAAAUCCGAGUACGGCCAGCCCACCGGCGGCUACGUCCAGCAGGGCGGCUGGAGCUACAGCGACGACUACGGCAACCCCAUCCAGAUGACUGCUCCUGCCCCCGCCCGCAACUACUAA